AUGGCAUUCACUACCCCUUCGCUCGAUCCGCCGAAGCACGAAAUGGCGUAUUUCCCGCAGAUGACCACUUCGCUGCCCAGUGAAUCGGGCGACUUCCGCCGUGUGCUGUGGACGGGGCUAUACAGCCAGCUGGUGCUCAUGACUGUGCCUGUUGGAGGGGAUAUUGGCGACGAGAAACAUACCGUCGACCAGAUCCUGACCUUCACGUCCGGCAAAGGCAAAGCGACCGUGGCGGGGGUCGACCAGGACGUCAAGGCAGGCGAUCUCAUCAUCGUGCCCGCUGGCACGCAGCACCAGUUCAUCAAUACCGGCCCCACGCCGCUCAUCUUGUACACCGUGUAUUCCCCCGCAGAACAUAAGCCCACAACUGUGCACAAGGACAAAGCGCAGGGUGAUCGCGAAGAGGAGGAAGGCAUCGACGUCGCGCCGGAAUGGAGCCGACGAAGUAAGCAGGAGAACGAGAAGUUGGGCCUUGUCGAAGCCGAGGACGAUUGA